CGGAUCGGUAACCAAUACUAACAAUAUGGCGGACCAGGGACAUGUCAAACGUACCUGUCGUGUUAAAGUAAUAUUAUUAUAAGAAAUAUCACAUGUUAUGAUAUCAAAUGCAGGUGCCCGCGACAAGUCUGUUUUUGAUGGCUGCCUCAAGCCCAGGAAGGUCUUCUAGAUGUUUUUCGUUUGUGUGUAAACCAAGGAUUUUGUUGGUGUUUGGAAUACCUUUAUUUGCCCCUGCCAUAGCGCUCACUGCAAUUGGAUUUGUAGGAUUUCCAGGAUUUGGUAUUAUUCAUAUUGGUGGCCUCUUGUUACUAACUCUUUCUGUGAUUUGUAUUGUGUUUGGGAUUUUAAUUAUGGUUUACACUAAACCAAAAGAGAAGAAGCCUGUACUGGAAUAUCAUUCGCAGCCUGACUUACCUAGAAUAAAUCUAACUAAUGUAAACGAAUCGGUUACUAAAAUAAACACUAAACUUCAGAACAAGAGUAAACAUAAAUCUACCAUGAAAAACCCACGCCCUUCGAGGUCACCUCGAAUGUCAAAAAAGCUCAAAACGAAAAUAGGCCAAGCCGGCAAGGAGAGGAAAAGAAGCCGUGAGACUCUACCAACUUUGACUGAGGACCACGAGGGUGAAAGGGUGAGAAUCUUUAGUGCGGCUGUCGCAUCCCAUCAUAUUAGUGGUGAGAAUCGGACUACAAAUACAUACGUUACAAAUGACCGAAAUUACAAAUCAGUGAGAUUACAAGAUAACGAUGUGAUGCAAAUUAAAUGUAAUUCUAAAAACAGUGAUAUUAGUUUGACAUCAGAUUCAGCAAUUGAUAUUGGGACAAGCCCUGAUCUUCCUGAAAUAACGCAUGUUGAAAUGAUCAAUCAAACUUCAUGUUUUCUUCCUCUAGCUCCCAGUCCGCCGAAUCGGUCCUUAUCUUUAACGGAAUUAUUUGUUCCAACUGAACAGAUACAAAGUAACAGAAAACGUUCUGAUAGUAUGGGUAAUGUGUUACAGUCAGAUCUGUCGUUAGAGAAUUUGGACGGUAUCGCAGAAGGUUAUCCUGUAACAUCCAGUCAACGAACCGGUAUACGUUUGGAUAUUCCUAAAUUACAUGACCAAGCUGAACGAUAAUUAUAUCAUGACGAGAUUGUAGUACUAGCAAUUGUAGCAAUAGUUUUUUGUAUUUCUAGAUCUAUACAUGACUCUCCAGUAAUAGUAUCCCACAUCAAGUGAUAUUAUAAUUGCUACGAGCGAAUGGGAAUAUGGCCAUGUACCUGGCAACUGGAUUAUGAUUCGCGAUUUCGUGAGGGGUUACCAUGGCACUUUCCCCAUCCCCUAUCUUUAUAAUCAUCUAACAUUUCUUGACAUAAUCAUAAUGUAUAUUUUGAAGUAUGCCAUGUCGUGCCUUUGAUAGCUGUGCAGUAAAUACGAUGUGGCUUUGGGGACUUACUGGGUAAAAUUAUUUCUGCGAACAAAGUAAAAAAACUAUAUUAAAGGACAAUAUUGGUGUCAGUCAUUAUCACAUGAUGUGAUAGCACUGGUUAAACACGUUCCAAAUGUAAUUUUAACACAGAGAUCAUUGCUACGAUAGAUGCGUGAUAAAGAUUUCAAGAAACGGAAGUGACGAAAGCAAAAGUAAUUUCCGCUCACUAAUAAUUCCGUACAUUCCUUUGUUUUUAUUCAUUCUAUACUUAAUUAAAACAUGGUAAUGCACGGCCAUUUUCUCGUUUUCUCUUAUCUAGCGACAAUCAAUUAUAUUUUUUUUGAAUUGUCAGAUAUCCGCCCAGAGUCUCAAAUAACAACUUUUGGUCUUCGAAGGAAUUAGUAGUGAGCCGAAUUUCGCCCCUGUAUCUGUUAUCACUCGUGACUUCAGUCAGUUAUAUAGAAGGAUAACUCGUGUUUUCCUUUUUUCACUCCCGUUUCUUCAUUACGCAUCUAUCGUAGCAAUUAUCUCUGUGUUAAAAUUAUAUUUGGAACAUGUUUAACCAGUUCUAUAUAUGAUAAUGACUGACACCAAUAUUGUCCUUUAACUCCAUCGGAAGUAAUAACCAAUAAAUAGUCCUUAUCUAGCUUUCAAAUAGAAGAGACCAACAUCGGAACAGUUAACCCCUUGUAAAAGCAUGCUACAAAUAUUAGGAACAGAUUUAGUUUCUUGCACAUAAGGCCACUAGAAGUGUUUUUACCAAUAAUAGGUCGCUAAAACUAUUCAAAUAUUAUAAGUUGUUUUGUUAUUGUAUUCAAUGGGCCAAUAAUAAUUUGUUGGCUCUGUGUACUGUUUUAACAUGGUGCUGAUACCAAUUGCUCAAGUGAUAUCAAUGCAAGAUUUAAGAAAGAAUUUAUAUUUAAAUAUAGAUAAUCCUUAAUAAAGAUUUGAUACUAUUUAUUUUGUAUUUCUAUUUUUUUCAUAUUCAUACAUAUUUAAAAAGUAAUAAUGCCAUGUAUAUUAAUAUUUUCGUA